GGGAGCCGGCAGCCGGGGCGCUCCCCGCGGCCGCUGGGGGCUGCCAUCCAGGGGGGGCGAGCCGUCCCCGUGCGCCCCUGCGCCCCCGCUCCCGCGUCCACCGAGCCGGGCUGCUGCCGGAUUCUCGGGGAAGAAUGACUGAGAACCUGAAGGCCUGCUUGGCUCAUACCCAGGCUUCCAUGGGGGAGAUGGUGACUGUGAAGACAGAGGUCUGCUCACCCCGACGGGACCAGGAGUAUGGUCAGCCCUGCUCCGGGAGGCCUGACCCUCCAUCCAUGGAAGUGGAACCCAAGAAGCCGAAGGGGAAGCGAGAGCUGAUCAUGACCAAGAGUUUCCAGCAAGUAGACUUCUGGUUCUGCGAGUCCUGCCAAGAGUACUUUGUCGAUGAAUGCCCCAACCAUGGUCCCCCUGUGUUUGUGUCCGACACGCCCGUGCCCAUGGGCAUCCCUGACCGAGCAGCUCUCACCAUCCCACCUGGCAUGGAGGUGGUCAAGGAGGCCAGUGGGCAAAAUGAUGUGCGCUGCAUGAAUGAGGUCAUCCCUAAGGGGCACAUUUUCGGACCUUACGAAGGGCAGAUCUCGACGCAGGAUAAAUCGGCCGGCUUCUUCUCCUGGUUGAUUGUGGACAAGAAUAGCCAUUACAAGUCAAUCGAUGGGACAGAUGAAACCAAAGCCAACUGGAUGAGAUAUGUGAUCAUCUCACGAGAGGAGAGAGAGCAGAAUUUGAUGGCCUUCCAGCACAGUGAGAAGAUAUACUUCCGAGUGUGCCGUGAUAUCCGACCUGGGGAGCGGUUACGAGUCUGGUACAGUGAGGAUUACAUGAAACGUCUACACAGCAUGUCCCAGGAAACAAUCCAGCGCAAUUUGACCAGAGGAGAUAGAAGGCUGCAACGAGAGAAGCCUGAGAAGGCCCUGGAUUACCAGGAGGACCUUCGAGGCCCUCUUCAGCUCACGGUCUUAAGGCAUGGCAAGAGCGCCUACAAGCGUGGCUUUGAUGAAGUGGAUGCCCACCCUCCGCCCAAGAAGAAGAAGAUCGACCUCAUCUUCAAGGAUGUUUUGGAGGCCUCACUGGAGACUUCAAAGAUAGAGGAGCACCCUCUGGCCCCAGGCACCCCACUUGUCCUCAGGAAAGCUCCCAAGUUCCACUCAGAAGACAUGUAUGAUCAGUGUGGGAUGGCCGUACCCCAUGGGCCCCAGGACCUCUCCAGGAACCAGGGGGAGAAGGAGUGGAAAGCUCCCCAAGGGGCCUCCUACGGCCCCUCCAAAGACACAGGCUUGCUGGAGGAUGAGGAGGAAGAGCCUUCAUCGUUCAAAGCAGACAGCCCGGCUGAGGCCUCCCUCGCAUCCGACCCUCAUGAGCUCCCCACCACCUCCUUCUGCCCUAACUGUAUCCGCCUAAAAAAGAAGAUACGAGAGCUGCAGGCAGAAUUGGACAUGCUCAAGUCCGGGAAGCUGCCCGAGCCCCCUCUGCUGCCACCCCAGGUACCGGAGCUCCCCGAGUUUUCAGACCCCACAGCCUCAGAAAGCGUGGUCUCCGUCCCAACCAUGCUGGAGGAUGAUGACCAGGAGGUGGACUCCGCAGAUGAGUCCGUCUCCAACGAGAUGAUCACCGCGACGGACGAGCCUUCAAAGAUGUCCUCCGCCACGGGGCGCCGGAUCCGGCGCUUCAAGCAGGAGUGGCUGAAGAAAUUCUGGUUCCUACGGUACUCCCCCACGCUCAAUGAGAUGUGGUGCCACGUGUGCCGGCAGUACACUGUGCAGUCUUCCCGGACGUCGGCCUUCAUCAUUGGCUCCAAACAGUUCAAGAUCCACACCAUCAAGCUCCAUAGCCAAAGCAACCUGCAUAAGAAAUGCCUGCAGCUCUAUAAGCUCCGGAUGCACCCGGAAAAGACAGAAGAGAUGUGCCGGAACAUGACUCUGCUGUUCAAUACUGCCUACCACUUGGCCCUGGAGGGCAGGCCUUACUUUGAUUUCCGGCCCUUGGCGGAAUUGCUGAGGAAGUGUGAGCUCAAGGUGGUGGAUCAAUACAUGAACGAAGGGGAUUGCCAAAUUCUGAUCCACCACAUCGCCAGGGCUCUGCGGGAAGACCUGGUGGAGCGCAUCCGUCAGUCGCCGUUCCUCAGCAUCAUCCUGGAUGGGCAGAGCGAUGACGUGUUGGCUGACACUGUGGCCAUCUAUGUCCAAUACACGAGUAGUGACGGGCCCCCUGCCACAGAAUUCCUGUCCUUGCAGGAGCUGGGGUUCUCGACCACGGAUAGUUAUCUCCAAGCAUUAGAUCGGGCGUUCUCUUCCUUGGGGAUCAGGCUGCAGGAUGAGAAGCCAACCAUUGGCCUGGGUGUGGACGGAGCCAACAUCACGGCCAGUUUGCGGGCUAGCAUGUUUAUGACGAUCAGGAAGACUUUGCCCUGGCUACUCUGUUUGCCCUUCAUGGUGCACCGGCCCCACCUGGAAAUCUUGGACGCUAUCAGCGGGAAGGAGCUCCCUUGCCUGGAGGAGCUCGAGAAUAACCUGAAACAGCUAUUGAGUUUCUACCGCUAUUCACCCCGCCUGAUGUGCGAGCUUCGCUUGACGGCCUCUACCCUUUGCGAGGAGACGGAGUUCCUGGGAGAUAUCCGGGCCGUGAGGUGGAUCAUCGGGGAGCAGAACGUUCUCAAUGCGCUAAUCAAGGACUACCUGGAAGUGGUUGCCCACCUCAAGGACGUCAGCGGGCAAACGCAACGUGCGGACGCGUCCGCCAUCGCUCUGGCCCUCCUCCAGUUCCUCAUGGACUACCAGUCAAUCAAGCUGAUCUACUUCUUACUAGAUGUGAUUGCUGUGCUCUCCCGCCUGGCCUACAUCUUCCAGGGCGAGUACCUCCUCGUGUCCCAGGUGGACGACAAGAUCGAAGAGGCCAUCCAGGAGAUCAGUCGGCUGGCCGACUCUCCUGGGGAGUAUCUGCAGGAGUUCGAGGAGAAUUUCCGAGAGAGCUUCAACGGCGUCGCCGUGAAGAACCUGCGGGUGGCUGAGGCCAAAUUCCAGUCCAUCCGGGAGAAGAUCUGCCAGAAGACCCAGGUGAUCUUGGCCCAGAGGUUUGAUUCCCGCAGCCGGACCUUCGUGAAGGCCUGCCAGGUGUUUGACCUGGCAGCCUGGCCCAGGAGCGCCGAGGAGCUCAUGAGUUAUGGCAAGGAGGACGUGGUCCAGAUCUUGGAUCACCUGGAAGCCAUCCCGUCGUUCUCCAGGGAGAUCUGCCGAGAGGGGAUGGACCCGAGGGGAAGCUUGCUGAUGGAGUGGCGGGAACUCAAGUCUGACUACUAUACUAAAAAUGGUUUCAAAGACCUCAUCAGCCACAUCUGCAAGUACAAGCAGAGGUUUCCCCUACUGAAUAAAAUCAUCCAGAUCCUUAAGGUCCUCCCCACUUCCACAGCCUGCUGUGAGAAAGGCCGAGUCGCCCUCCAACGAGUGCGUAAGAACAACCGCUCCCGCCUGACCUUGGAACAGCUCAGCGACCUUUUGACAAUUGCUGUAAACGGACCCCCCAUCGCCAAUUUUGAUGCCAAAAGGGCGCUGGAUAGCUGGUUCGAGGAGAAGUCUGGCAACAGUUACACGCUGUCUGCUGAAGUCCUCAGUAGGAUGUCUGCCCUGGACCAGAAGCCAGUGCUUCCAAGCGUGGACCACGGGUCGGAGUUUUACUCGGAUCUUUAGGAAGUCAUUGCCUCAGAUUUUACCAAGCUGUUGAAUAAUUUUUUAA